AUGACGUCACUCAGCGGGGACGGCGCCUCGCCGCAACGACGGAGGACGGCUCGGUUCCGCCUCCGAGAACAGCUGGAUUCCGACGGGGGACGGACGGGGCCGGCGGCGGUGCCUUCCCCUGACCGCCCGGCGUCCCCGAGGCACGGGGCGGCGGAGCGCCGCUUUCUCCGCGCGGAGCCCCGCGGCUCCGCCAUCCCGCCGGCCCCAUCGCCGUCGCGGCGGCCUCGCGUCGGCAGCCGCCUCCGCCGAACGGGGCGGGCAGUCCGGGCGGGGUCCUUUGCGCUCGGUCAUCGCGUCCUCACCGCGCGGCUCCGCCCGGCUGCCCGCGGCGAUGCCUGUCGUCGUGCGCCCGCUCCGCUUCCGGGGCUCCGGCUGCGGGGACGUGGGGGACCUCAGCGAGGCCGAGCCCGCGCCGCCCCGGCCCCGCUCCGCUCCGUGCGGGCCUUCCUGGAGAGCGGCGAGCGCGGGCUGGCGGCCGCCGGCAGGUGGGGGAGCGGGGCGUCCGGGCGGGCGGCGCGGCCCGGCGAUGGCGCUGGGGAACUCGCUGGAGACGAGCGGCUCCGCGGGCGCCUUGACGUCGCGCUGCAGGCGGCGGUCGCGAGGCCGGCGCUGUGCGGAGCGGGACGCUUCUACGUGCGUGCUGGAACUUUCCUGCUGGAAACAGCGCAGAGCAGCGCGGCACGAUGGAGAGAUGCGUGUGAACUCGCAGCCUGGUGGUACCUGAACGCUUUCCGUAUUCCUAAACCAAAGUCAAAACUAAUAAGAGGAGAUGGGGCUGGGCAAGAUGUGCUGGAAAUGUUGGCCUGCGACCGAAAAAGCCAGUGUGGUGCUGUUUGGAUGCACAGCUGUGGUCUCCAGCACCUCGCGUGGCUUGGCUUGCAGUGGAAUUCUGUGUCAGUGUUAUUCCCACUGCGCAGAUCGUUACAACUUUUUCACUCGCCCCACGAGACAUCGAGACUGGAAACAGAUGCUCCUGAAUCCGUUUGCCUGUUGGUCCUUGAAGAUUUUUUACUCGGGAUGGUGUUCACUGGCAACUUAGAACUGCAAGAGAAGCUCAGC